CGCCAAUCAACAUAGUUAUGAUUAUUUUAUACUGUGAAUGUUCGGGUAUUCUUGUUCAUCAGGUAGUACAAAAUAGUUUUAGUAGCUCUCUGUCCUGGGUGCGGGAAGAUGCUGCGGCUAGCUGUGCUCUGCAUGUCCCUCCUGGCCUCGGUGGCUGCCUUGACGUGUCCCGAUGGUAGAGUCACUCAGGAAGGCAGCACUUGCUGCCUCAGCGCCUCGGGUGUCUAUACAUCUUGUCCUCUGCCUCACGCUGUUUGCUGUGAGGAUCAUGUGCACUGCUGCUCCGAGAGCACCACCUGUGAUCUGGAGCACAACAAGUGUGUCAAUGCAACUGAAUCACUAGAGAUGGUCAAGAGGGUUCCCACGAGACUGUUGCUAAAGUCUUCCCAAAUGGUCCCCGCUUUCUCAGAAGAUACGAAUUAUAGGAUAAUGUGUGCAGACAAGACUCGCUGCCCUACCGCUUAUUCUUGUUUGAACACAGCCGACGGUUUUGGCUGCUGCCGCUUAAAGAAGGGCAUCCCUUGUUCAGAUGGUAAACAUUGCUGUCACAAGGACCACAAAUGCAGUGAAGAUGGAAGGUUCUGCAUCGAAGAAAAAGAUAACAAGGUGUUUGAAAAAACAAGAAAUGUUCCUUGUGAUGACACCUCUGCCUGUCCCGACGAUUCAACCUGCUGCAAGACAACUACAGGAAAGUGGGCUUGUUGCCCCCUGCCAGAGGCCGUGUGCUGUGAUGACCACGUCCAUUGCUGCCCUCAUGGUACCAAGUGCAACCCAGCUGGCACCAGCUGUGAUAACUCUACGAGCUCCAUACCCUGGUUGGAGAAGUUGCCCCCCAUAAACAGGCAGUCUGCUAAAGGACAAAAUGUUCCUUGUGAUGACACCUCUGCCUGUCCCGACGAUACAACCUGCUGCAAGACAACUACAGGAAAGUGGGGUUGUUGCCCCAUGCCAGAGGCAAUAUGCUGUGAGGAUCAACAGCACUGCUGUCCCAAGGGCUACGUUUGCGACAUGCUUGUGCAAACUUGCAGAAAAUCAGGCAGCCCCAGCUCUCCUUGGCAGCAGAAGAAACCUGCCUUGAAGGAGAUGCCCACAGAUCUUGUCUCCGGCUCCUCUGAGUCUUUCCGCCAUAAAUGUGGCCCAUACAGCAGCUGCCCCAAGGAUACAACUUGCUGUUACAUGAAUAAAACCAGCAAAUGGGGCUGCUGCCCUUUGCCAAAGGCUGUGUGCUGUGAGGAUGGGGAGCAUUGCUGUCCUUCGGGAUACAAGUGCAACGUGGAACGGACCACUUGCUCCCAUGAUACCUUGGUUAUUCCCUGGUACAGUAAAAUGGAAGCCCAGGUCGAUCAAGUACUACACACUCCUGUGGAGUGUAAUAUGAAGGACGGCUGUGCUUCGGGCACCCCCUGCUAUCAGCUCCCGUCGGGGCAGCUACGCUACUGCCCAAUGGCUAAGGCUGUAUGCUGUAGUGAUAUGCAGCACUGUUGUCCAAGUGGCUACACUUGUGAUCCUGUCGGUGGAUCCUGCACCAAGAAGGCAGGCCUCAGAUGGGACAGCUGGGAUGGAUUCAUCACAAAGCGAAAAGCUUUCGUCCAUUUGUGAUGCUGUGUUGAGAUUUUUUGCUUGCACUGAUCAGUCUGUCACACACUGAUGAAUCUGCUACACGUCUUAAAUACCUGAAACAGAAUUCUUAUUGUUUGAUUGGGGCAUGGUAAAUACUCAAAAGGGUUUGAUUUUUGUUUUUUUUUGUGUAUGGUUUCAUAGUGUAUUAUUGACAGCUACUUAUUAAGCAACUGAUUUGAUGAUCACAUGAAACCUGCUGUGUCUCUAAAGUUGCCGAAUGUGCUAGGGUAAAGAUAUAGUUGAUUUUAAGGGUAAUCUUACUUUCCUCCAGGUUCAUUCCAUGUGGCAGGCAAAUCAAAAUUUAGAGCAUAGUAAUAAUCUCAUGAGUAAAUGAUCUGAAUCCAUUAUGUUAUGCUGAUGCCAGAUAAAUGUGGUGACACUGCUCACAUGCAACUCAAGCUGUAUGCAAGUUUCUAAAACUUGUAUAGUUUUCACUUUGUAUUAAAUAACAGAAUGUGCCUUUAUAUUUAACAGAAAAGUAAAACAAGAAUCAAAUUUAAAAUAACAGAUGUAAGACUACUGACAAAAUUUGCGGCUGUGUCAUGUUUGUUGAUGUCACUAAAUUUGUUAACUAGUAAUUUACAUUUUUAAAGUAAAAUGAUUGUGAUUACUGUUUUUAUUGCCACUGUUGUUUCAUAUGAAAAUAAAAUUCUUGGACAAUGUACACAAUUACUUUACUAAUAUACUUUUUAUGAAAAAGCUAAGCAUGAGACACAUUCAUCUGUGUUGAUGACCCUAGGUUUUGUUGUACCAAUUUCAAUCUCAAUUCAAAAUAUAAAUAAAUCAUCCAAUAAAACAAUGAACACUGAAA